UCCCGUUGCCAGGAUACAGUACAUUCUCUGUUGCUCAGGCAGCCACUCUGACGAACCCUGUUUGGCGACAGAUAAACUGGUUUUAAACUGGUUUUAAACUGGUUUAUUGUGGCUGUUCUCCAGUGUAAACCAGUGAGAGGUUAGCUGUUAGCUCCAGGCUGGUUAUCAGCUGGUAUUCUGCAGGUUUAGACCUUUAAAAGUCGCUGUUAGCCGUUAGCUCCGUUAGCUCCGGUUAGAGCUGAACUUUCAUUUGUCUUCAGAGGGUUUAUGGACCAGAACCGGUCCUUUCACACCGUUAUCUGGCGUUUAGAACCGGAACCGAAGCUGCUGUGACCCAGAGAGAGGAGAGCCGGAGCGGAGCCGCCAUGGAGCGGGGGAAGGAGGCCCAGCUGCUGAGGAACCAGCCCUACGAUGAGAGCCUGGAGGUGGAGGAUGGAGAGGAGGUCCCCAGCCUCUACAGCCCGGCCCCCCGGGGACAGAGACAGCCAGAGGCCAGCAGGAAGCAGCUGGAGCCAGAGGGGCCAAAGCCAGGGGCCAGUCCCAGCCAGGAGGAGGAGGAGGAGGAGGAAGACUCUGAGGAGGAUGACACAGAUGAAGAUGAUGAUGAUGAUGAUGAGACCACAGAGGCUGUAGAGGGAGCCUAUGACCCUGCAGAUUAUGCCAACCUGCCCGUUACCACGGAGAUCAAGGAGCUGUUCCAGUACAUCACCCGCUACUCUCCUCAGACCUUAGAGCUGGAGCACUGCCUCAGACCCUUCAUCCCAGACUUCAUCCCUACUGCUGGAGACAUCGACGCCUUCCUGAAGGUUCCGAGACCCGAUGGGAAACCUGACAACCUGGGGCUGCUGGUUCUAGACGAGCCCAGUGCCAAACAGUCGGACCCCACGGUUCUGUCCCUGUGGCUGUCAGAGGAGACCAAGCAGCACGGAGCCACGGAGCUGAAGAAGGUGACCAGCGUGGCGAGCCCUCACACCAACCCGCGGGUGGUGGACAGCUGGGUGGACAGCAUCAGCGCCCUGCACCGGUCCAAACCCCCGGCCAGCGUCCAGUACGGCCGCCCCAUGCCGGACAUCGACAGCCUGAUGCAGGAGUGGCCCCCCGAGCUGGAGGAGGGGCUGGGGAGGCUGCAGCUGCCGCCGGCCCGGCUGAGCUGCGACCUGCGGCAGUACGUGGACAUCAUCUGCAGCCUGCUGGACAUCCCCGUCUACGGAAGCAGGGUCCACAGCCUGCACCUGCUCUUCAGCCUCUACCUGGAGUUCAGGGACUCCCAGCACUUCACCAGCAGGGCCUAGCAGGGACCGGGUCCUCCUCUUCUGGUGCUGGUAAAGGGUGGACCAGCAGGGACUGAACCAGAACCACCAACCUUUAGGAACCUUUGCAGAACCAGAGUCCUGCUGUGUGUUUAGAACCGGGUCGGACAGUGAUGUGUUAA